GCGCUCCGUGAUGACGUCCAAACGCCGCGACUCGUUGAUAAACUAGAAACAAACGUGACUUCGGGACUCGACGUUCAGAAGAAGAAACCUUUAUUUAAUCAAUACGUGAAUAUUGUUUCAGAGGGAGCAGCGUCUUUAUUUUAAUCCAACAUGAGUUCGUCAAUGCCGCAGAAGCGUUACUACAGACAGCGAGCACAUUCAAACCCGAUGGCUUACCACACGUUUGACUAUCCUGUGUGUCCUGAGGAAAUGGACUGGUCCGAGCUGUAUCCAGACUUCUUCACUGGAAACUUUGAGAAGGAGACCCCCCGAGUUGAGUUUGCAGACAUUGGAUGUGGAUACGGGGGGCUUUUAGUGGAGCUGUCUCCACUCUUCCCGGACAAGCUCAUCCUGGGCCUGGAGAUCCGAGUGAAAGUGUCCGAUUAUGUUCGGGAUCGGAUCCAGUCGCUGCGUGCCUCGGAACCAGGAAGCUACCAGAACAUCGCCUGCCUUCGCAGCAAUGCGAUGAAGUACCUCCCCAACUUCUUUUCCAAAGGACAGCUCAGUAAGAUGUUCUUCCUCUUCCCUGACCCUCACUUUAAGAAGACCAAGCACAAAUGGAGGAUCAUUAGUCCCACAUUGUUGGCAGAGUACGCCUACACACUGAGAGUCGGGGGUUCUGUGUAUACCAUGACAGAUGUGGAGGAAGUACACCUCUGGAUGGUGAAGCACUUCACUGAACAUCCACUAUUCACACGUGUCCCCGAGGAAGAACUGGUUGGUGAUGUCAUUAUAAGUCGUUUGGGUACCUGUACAGAGGAAGGAAAGAAAGUCCAGAGAAAUGGAGGGAAGAAUUUCCUGGCAGUUUUCCGUAGGGUUGAAGAUUCAAACUGAAACCGUUUGGAGAGAACAGUUCGGACAUGUGACGAAGGGAACUAAUGUUCUCAUGCAGUCGUCUAUACGUGGAGAAUUAUGCUGCAAGGCGGAGCUGGAGACUGCAGCUGGUUCCCCCAGCAGAUGAACAGUUUUUCUAAGAUGACAGAAGUUUUGGGUUUCAGUUUUUUCACAUUAUUUAUGUAUUAUGCAUUCCUCAGCUCACCAAGACGGCAGGAGAAGGAUCUUGAUUCAGACUCGACUUUGGAAGUGUUUUGCUUCGCUUUUUUAAAGAUUCAUUUUUUAAAAUCUUUUGACACCCUCUGAAGUGCUGUUCUGGAUUUCCUGUAAAGCUGUUAAUUAUUUUAGUAAAACAAAAAGUCUGUGUUUGGUUUGGAUCAUUGUAGCCAUUAUGUUGUGCUUUGUGUUGCUCUUAUUUUUAACUUUAGUCCUUUGACUUGACUUGAAGAGGAGUUUUAGGUUUUCUGAGCACAGCUAUCCAAAUAUAUUUUAAUCUAAUCUAAUCUAAUCACGUUACAUAAAGCAAGGCCCUGGUGUUAGAGUAUUAUUUUGAAAACUCUUUGAAAUCAUGAACAAUUCUCUCCAUUGAUAUAACUUUGUUGGCUUCAUGGUGGUAAUUGACAGUAUUGGGAGAUGAAUCCGAAAUGGAUUAGACUGAGAAGUCUACCACUAGCUUGUUUGCUGUGGGUUAAAAAUAAACCUGCAUGUUGCAGCGUGUUCUGUAAGCAGUGAAUGCAGCAGAGCGUUCAAACUGUGAAGACUGUGACAGAAUUGUGUUUAAAAUCCUUUCUGCUUUUUUGACAAAAGUUUUUUAUAAGAACUUGUUUAAUUAAUACCUGUAGACUUGAAGACAUUUUUAGAUAACCAGUAGUUCUUUGUAAUGUAAUUCAGUGAUUUAAAUCAAUUGGACCACAGUUGGUGUUGCUCCUACAUGUCAUAUUAAAAGAAAAAAGACCCAUUA